AAUUUCCAUCCAUCAGUGCUUACCAAAGCAAUUUCAUCCACAAGUUCUUAUUCUCCAUGUAAGAUCAUGUAAUGUACACAUAUUUUUUAAAAAGGUUCUAUAUUCUGCACCUACCCAGAUCAAUAUAUACUCUUAAUAAUCACUACUAUACUUUCUAAAAUAAGCAAAUAAACUCAUCAUACUUCAUCUCUCUCCUUCCAAACUGCCAAAGAUUGUUUGGAUGGAUACACACCGAUAUUCAACUUUCAUUUUCUUGAGUUUAUGGUAGCAACUGCAUCUUAUAGUAAGUAAAGCGCUACAAGAGAGCUCAGGAAAAAUAUAAAUAUUUUGUCUGCAACAUGCCUGAUCAUGUUGCAAGCUCUUCCCAUGACGAGGAUGUAACAUCUAUGACAUCCUCAAAAUCACAUCAGCCCAUCUGGAUGUCCCACUGUAAUAACAGAAGUUCUAAGCCAGGAUCUACUGUUGAAAAUUCUGGAUUGGUUUGUUACGAUGAAGGGCAUGUUGAUAUGAGAGGUUGCCUGAUACAAAAUGGGUUUAAGACAGAAGAUGGAGUUCAAUAUGGGAAAGGAGCAAGCAAAGGUGCUGGAGAAAUACAAACUAGAAUUCUUAAUCAGAAUUUGACCAAGAAACUGGGGAACUUUGAUAAUAGUCUCAGUAAUUCAUCUUUCCCUACUCUCAGCCUUGGCCGAAACAAAGGAAAAUCUUCAGCGGUUGGGACUCAAAUUGAUCAUGAGUUUGGCCACAGAUCCACGGCUCUAGCCUUAGCUGUUGGUCAAGAGAGCACUUCAAGAGAAAUCAACUUGAGGAAUAGAGAGCAACAAGCCAUGUCUCAUUUAUACCAAGAACAGAAAGGCAUAGCUGGGUCAAGGGCUUGUACAUAUGAUAAAUCCAAUGAUAAUUUCACAUGCUUUAGUCAGGAACGUCGCAAGUAUCAGAAGUCCUCCUCAGUCUUGUUUCAUGAGAAAAAGAUGGAAAAUAACAUAUGUCAUGAACCUGGACAUAGUGAUGGAUUACAUUUGCACCAUGGCUAUUCCCCUGGUCAAAAGAGUUUCCAGUCUUUUUUCCUUAAAAAGCAGCCUCAAAGUGUUCGUGGCCAACCCCUUAAUAGAGUUCCAUGUUCUUUCCACAAUGUGGAGACUAUGAGAAUUUGUACAAUGAUUGAUUCUAUGGAGAACUCACCUGGAGAUCCUCCCAGAGUUUCUCAGAGAGCCCACCACAUUCUAUUCACCAAAGAAACUUGUGUUAAUUUAUCUGAAGAACACCAGCUGAUCAGAGAACCAUCUUUAGGUCAUCAAGAAGGGAAGACAUUUGGUGGAUCUUUUAGUAAUCUUGGUUCUCAUGCAAGAGGAGUGAAGAUCCAACCUCUGUGGACCUCCACUGACAGUGAAAGGGAACCUUCAGGCAGUCCUUCCACCUGUAAAGCUGGUUCAUGGAAUGAAGCGUCUGCUGAAACUGAUGGCGUGCAAGCAGAAUCAACUUUAGGUCAUCAAGGAGAAAAAAGGCCAUUUGGUGGUCUUUUUAGCAUGUAUCCUAACAAUUCUUCUCAUUCAAGAGGAGUGAAGAUCCAACCCUUGUGGACCUCCACUGAUAGUGAAGAAAAGGAAAAUAGAGGUGAUGCUUCCUUUGGUAGAGCCGGUUCAAAGAAUAAAGCAUCUGCCAAAACUGAUGGAAUGCCAGUAGAAGCUCCUAAGAAGAAGCGUAUUUUAAUGGGUAUGGAAUCGUCCCCAUUGAAUCAGGAUGAUACAGUGGAUGAAAAUAGCCCAAAAGCUGCCUGUGAUUCAAGUACAGAAAAGGCUAGAAGCAAAAGGCCCAUGACGGAGAUACCUGAUAUAAAUGAAGAUCCCCCUGAAAUCCAACCUGAAGUAAGCUCAACAGAUGGAAAGGAGCCAAGUAGCUCACGAGUCCAUAGUUUGAAUGCCAAACAACUCUUCUCAUGUCAUGGAGAGACCUCAAGGUCUGUGUGCAAUGGCCGCCAAGAAUCCUCUCUCGGCCCAGAUACUAGUAACAGAUGGAUUAAGCGUCUGAAGGUAAGUUCUUCUGACUCAUUUGGGGUUGGUACCAAGAGUUCUGAUAUUGGGGAAGGCUCAUCGCAUCAGAAAUGUAAUACGUUCUUCAACAGAAUAAUGAAAUCCAAUCGGGUUAACUCCGAUGCCAAGUUACGCAAGCAACAUGGAAAAGAACAGAUGUCAAUAGAUCAAAAUGUGGAGUCCCCAAGAAGUGGUGGAUCCUCAUCCAUGGGUUCAAAGAAGAGAAACCAAAGCACAAUGCAAGGCUGCUCUUGGAUUCAAAGAUGGUGUCAAAGUUGUACUGAACCUCCACCAAGUAACCCUGAGCCCCUUGUGAUUUGUGAGCCCCGUAGCUUAAAGUUACGACCAGAUGACGUUACAAAGAAGCAGUUCCCAAGUAUUGCUGCCAUGGCGCUUAUGGGGAAAGCCAUGAAUGGAGUUAGCUCAUGUGAAUUCCAGAAAAGAGGGCCUGUUGUAGUUUGGAAUACCAAGGAAUACUAAGAUACAUCUUCAAUGAGCUACCCAAGUGUACGUCGCUGGGAGAUGCUCUUGGUUCUCAUGAAAAUGUAAGAUUUCAGAACUAUCCAUAAUUUAUUUCUCAGUCCAACAAGAUUGAUGGCCAUGUUUAUAUAUUUAUAGGACACUUGUAUACUAUAUUUCCCCCAGUGUGUUUCUACAUAAUGGACCGAUCAUCCUGUACAAGUGUUCCUCUCCUCUGAAUGCAUCCAGGUGGUAACAAGACCUCUUUUAUAUGGUCUGGAAUCCAAGUAGGCGUCUCUUUCUGCAACUGAUACUUAAGAUGUGUUGCUAAGAUGACGAUGCGUCAUUUUUCAACAGCGAAUGAGUAUUAUGUACGUAUGAUUCGUCCUUUUGGUGGCUGACUGGAGCAUACUUCUUGACUCCAAGUUUUCAAAUAGGUUAUGAAGAGUUCCCAGAUGACCCUCAGUGUUUCUGCUAUAGUUUGAUAUGGUUAGUUACCUUUAGGCGAAUUACUCCUUCUGCCCCAAAUUACUUGCCACAUAUUCUUUUUUUGGCUUUCUAAAUUAUUUGCCACCUUACUUUUUGGCAAUAUUUUUCGCUCUGCUUUUUCUCUACAAUUGGGCCCUACACCUACCGACCUACUUUUUCUUUAAUCUUUCACUUCCCUAAAAAAUUUGUGCCAAAAUGGUUUGUGGCGACUAAUUUGGGACGGAGGGAGUAUUGUACUUUUAUAAUCCUUUGUUGGUGAUUUAAUUAUAUGCUGCUUUCUUUC